AGCGGCGACGCCACCCAGCCAUCGUUUUUGAUCUGCAGCAGCCGCCGGCGGGGCGACCCAGCCCGACCCCCUCCCCUCCCCCUCAGCCACGAGCGGCGGCGGCGGCGGCAGCCGGAGGGAGUUGGCGGCGGCGGCCGAUCGGAGGGGCUGAGCGGGGAGGGAGGGAGGGCUGAGGUGUCCCCCCUGCCGGGUGGAAUCGGAGGCGGCGGCGGCGCUGGCGGCGGCUGUGGUGGUGGAGGCGGCGGCGGCGGCGACGGUGGAGACGGCUGCCGUAGUGGGAGAGGCGGCGGCGGCGGCCGAGGAGGAGGAGGGGGAAGCGGCGGCGGCGAAGGGCUCCAGACCCAGUUCCUGGACCUGCCCUGGAAAAGAAGUAUCCAGUAGAGAUGAGCUCACUGCAGUUACUUAAUUAAAAAAUUGUAAGCUGCAAAAAUGGCAAUGGGCCAAUCAAGAACAGCUACCAUUUGAAUUUUUCUAUUUCCAGAAAAUGCUUGGACAGAAGAGAUGAGUACUGUUUCCACUAAGGCCUAGAAUUGCCUACUGUACAAAUAGUCCUGAUCAGGCAAUAUACGAAUGGCCCAAGGAAGCCACCAAAUUGAUUUUCAGGUUUUACAUGACCUGCGACAAAAAUUCCCUGAAGUACCUGAAGUUGUUGUAUCCAGGUGCAUGUUACAGAAUAAUAAUAACCUGGAUGCCUGCUGUGCAGUUCUCUCUCAGGAGAGUACAAGGUAUCUUUAUGGUGAAGGAGACUUGAAUUUUUCGGAUGAUUCUGGAAUUUCUGGUCUGCGCAAUCACAUGACUUCUCUCAACUUGGACUUGCAGUCACAGAAUGUUUACCACCAUGGAAGAGAAGGAAAUAGAAUGAAUGGAAGUAGGACUCUAACGCACAGCAUUAGUGAUGGACAACUUCAAGGUGGUCAGUCCAAUAACGAACUAUUUCAGCAGGAGCCACAGACAGCACCAGCUCAAGUUCCUCAAGGCUUUAAUGUUUUUGGAAUGUCCAGUACAUCUGGUGCUUCAAAUUCAGCACCACAUCUUGGAUUUCACUUAGGCAGCAAAGGAACAUCUAACCUUUCUCAACAAACUCCAAGAUUUAAUCCCAUUAUGGUAACUUUAGCCCCAAAUAUCCAGACUGGUCGUAAUACUCCUACAUCUUUGCACAUACAUGGUGUACCUCCACCUGUACUUAACAGUCCACAGGGAAAUUCUAUCUAUAUUAGGCCCUACAUUACAACUCCUAGUGGUACAACUCGACAGACACAACAGCAUUCUGGCUGGGUAUCUCAGUUUAAUCCCAUGAACCCGCAACAAGUUUAUCAACCUUCACAACCUGGUCCCUGGACUACAUAUCCUGCAUCUAAUCCUCUGCCACAUACCUCAGCCCAGCAGCCAAAUCAGCAAGGCCACCAGACCUCUCAUGUCUACAUGCCCAUCAGUUCACCUACUACUCCACAACCACCAACAAUUCAUUCGUCUGGUAGCUCACAGUCUUCUACCCAUAGCCAAUAUAACAUUCAGAAUAUUUCAACAGGACCUCGGAAAAACCAGAUUGAAAUCAAGCUUGAACCCCCGCAAAGAAGCAGUUCUUCGAAACUGCGUUCUUCUGGACCUCGAACCUCCAGCAGUUCCUCUUCGGUCAACAGCCAGACCUUAAACAGAAAUCAGCCCACUGUUUACAUAGCUGCCAGUCCCCCAAAUACCGAUGAGGUGAUGUCCCGUAGUCAACCUAAGGUCUAUAUUUCAGCUAAUGCCACCACAGGAGAUGAGCAGGUCAUGCGGAAUCAGCCCACUCUCUUCAUAUCCACAAACUCUGGAGCAUCUGCUGCCUCCAGGAAUAUGUCCGGGCAAGUGAGCAUGGGGCCUGCCUUUAUUCAUCACCACCCUCCCAAAAGUCGAGCAAUAGGUAAUAACUCUGCAACUUCUCCUCGAGUGGUGGUCACUCAACCCAAUACAAAAUAUACUUUCAAAAUUACAGUUUCUCCCAAUAAACCCCCUGCAGUUUCACCGGGGGUGGUGUCCCCUACCUUUGAACUUACAAAUCUUCUGAACCAUCCUGAUCAUUAUGUAGAAACAGAGAAUAUUCAGCACCUCACGGACCCUGCUUUAGCACAUGUGGAUAGAAUAAGUGAAGCACGGAAGUUGAGUAUGGGAUCUGAUGAUGCUGCCUACACACAAGCUCUUUUGGUACAUCAGAAGGCCAGAAUGGAACGACUUCAAAGAGAACUUGAGAUUCAAAAGAAAAAGCUGGAUAAACUAAAAUCUGAGGUCAAUGAAAUGGAAAAUAAUCUAACUCGAAGGCGUCUGAAAAGAUCAAAUUCCAUAUCCCAAAUACCUUCACUCGAAGAAAUGCAGCAGUUGAGAAGUUGUAAUAGACAACUCCAGAUUGACAUUGACUGCUUAACCAAAGAAAUUGAUCUUUUUCAAGCCCGAGGACCACAUUUUAAUCCCAGCGCUAUUCAUAACUUUUAUGACAAUAUUGGAUUUGUAGGUCCUGUGCCACCAAAACCCAAAGAUCAAAGGUCCACCAUCAAAACACCAAAGACUCAAGACACAGAAGAUGAUGAGGGGGCUCAGUGGAAUUGUACUGCCUGUACUUUUUUGAACCAUCCAGCCUUAAUCCGUUGUGAACAGUGUGAGAUGCCGAGGCAUUUCUGAGCCAGGAGGCCCUGUAUCUUCCCUAAAACCACAUCUGAAGUUCAAGAAACUAGUCUGUCAUCAGGGGAAAAGUUUCACUGCUACAUAGGAUUUUGUCAAAUCGAAGGUGUGACAAGAUGGUGUUGUGCUAAUGUUAAAUGUCAACCCACAGAGCUAAUAAUACCUCAGUCUAAUGUCAUGGGCAGUUGAAAUUCAUCACAUGAAGGUAAUCUGCUGAAAGACUUGGUUGCCCACUGCCUAACCAUGUACAGUGUUACCAGUAGCCCAUUAAGGAUAAUUCUCAAUAUAUUAAUACCUAGGUGUUCCCAGUACCUUUUCCCCUCAUGUCACUACUGAAUUUUGACAGGAGGAAGGAAUAGAACAAUGGCUUUUUUUUUUUUUAAAGCUUUCAGUGAAACACUACAAA